UAUGUGUUUACCACGUCCAUCUGAGAUUGUCAACAAAAGGACAAAAGAAAGAGAAAAAACUUCACUUGGCUUCGACUGAACAAUAAUGCAGCGAAGUAAAUAACAAGUUGGUGGGAAGAGAAUAGAAAUUGUUUGGUUUGGAUGCGGGCAGACUUGAAGCCAAAUUCAUAUCCCUUCCAACUGAACCACAAUGGAAGUGAUGAGACGCCUCAAGAGCAUCGCCUCGGGUCGAUCCUCUGUCUCCGAUCAGGGUGGAGAUGCUGGCACAAAGCGAGCAAAGUUUGGACUGGAAGGAGAAGCAGACACUUUUGAAUUGCCCCAUGCUGCUGCAGGGACACAUGAAGCAGACCAGCUACCAAAGGAGAUGCAUGGGAUGAAGAUUAAGGACGACAAGUUUGAUCAUGGCAGGAAGGAAAUAACAGCAGCAAUUGUUGAUGGAAAUGGAACGGAGACAGGCCACAUAAUUAGCACUACCAUUGGAGGGCGAAAUGGGCAACCAAAGCAGGUUAUCAGCUACAUGGCAGAGCGUGUAGUGGGCACUGGCUCAUUUGGUAUUGUAUUCCAGGCCAAAUGCUUAGAAACUGCUGAAAUCAUUGCAAUAAAAAAGGUGCUACAAGAUAAGAGAUACAAAAAUCGAGAAUUGGAAAUUAUGCGCAUGCUUGAACAUCCUAAUGUAGUUCAACUCAAGCAUUGCUUCUUUUCAACAACUGACAAAGAUGAACUUUAUCUGAACCUUGUGCUGGAGUAUGUCCCAGAGACUGUGUAUUCUAUUGCAAAACACUUUAACAGGAUAGGCCAACACAUGCCAUUGAUAUAUGUUAAAUUAUAUGCUUACCAGAUCUGCCGUGCUCUUGCUUACAUUCAUGGGAUUGGCGUUUCUCAUCGUGAUAUAAAGCCACAAAAUCUCUUGGUCAAUCCACAUACUCAUCAGUUGAAGCUUUGUGAUUUUGGUAGUGCCAAAAUGUUGGUGAAAGGAGAGCCUAACAUUGCAUACAUAUGUUCACGCUACUACAGGGCUCCAGAACUUAUAUUUGGAGCUACAGAAUAUAAUAGUGCAAUUGACAUAUGGUCGAUGGGUUGUGUCUUAGCUGAACUUCUCUUGGGGCAGCCUUUGUUUCCAGGAGAAACCAGCAUCGAUCAGUUGGUGGAGAUCAUUAAGGUUUUGGGGACACCAACUCGCGAAGAGAUCAAAUGUAUGAAUCCGAAUUGCACGGACUUUAAAUUCCCUCAGAUCAAAACACAUCCAUGGCAUAAGGUUCUGGGCAAGGAUUACUGGGUAUUUCGCAAACAAUUGCCACUAGAGGCAGUUGAUCUCGUGUCUAGGCUUCUUCAGUAUUCUCCAAAUAUGCGUUGUACUGCUUUGGAGGCAUGUGUGCAUCCAUUUUUUGAUGAACUACGAGAUCCAAACGUACGCUUACCAAAUGGUCGUCGUUUGCCGCCCCUUUUCAACUUUAACCCUCAAGAGCUUAUAGGAGCCUCAGAUGAGUUGAUUGCACGACUUUUACCUGAACAUACAGGGAAACCGAACCUCGUAUUGUCAUUGUAAUUUCAACAUUCUUAUCAUAGAGCAUGUAUAAAGGUCACUAUUUCAUACUCAAACGAAUUUAAACAUACAGAUUAAAGAGUUUCCUUGGCAAGAAAUAAGAUUAACUCUUAUUUCAUGUUCUAAAAUAUGAAAAUAUUGUAUUACUAUGGGUGAUAUGUACAACAUUAAGGGUUUGUAUGGUGUAUAAAAACAUCAAGUGUUGAUGUUUGAGGUUAGAUGGGGCUGAUUUAUUGGACGAAUUUCUUCUAUGUGUAUAUUGUAUCUUGUUUUUUAUAUUUGAUUCCUUGCUUUGUGCAAAUUGGCAUAAUGUUUCA